UCAACGACUCAUUCUUCAUCGUUCUUUCAUUGUCUUUUGUGACCAAAAGAAAUGUCUCAUCUGAUCUUUCCCUUUGAUUUCUUUCUCCAUGCAAUUCUUCCCCUCCUAUAAAUACUUCCAAACAAGCUUUAUAGAUGAUAGAGAAACAAAAAUGAAAGCAACUGGAUCUGUAGGAGUAGGGUUGGUGGCAGUGUUCGCAGUUUCAGGAAGUGUAGUUUUUAUCGCUCGUCAACUCCAUAAACAUCUCCUCUCAGAUUUCCUGAAGAAGAUUGAAUUCGAAUUGUGUGGAAGUAGUAGUAAAUUUCAAGCAAAGAAAAGGGUUCGGUUUGCAGAUGAUACGAUGGAGGAUUCAUCAUGGAGAAACAAAGAAUACAGCAAGGUGAAGCAUGGCGCCAACCUGGAAAAGCUGCAGGGUAAAGCCCUGGGAAUGUCAAAUUCCAUGCCUCUCAACAGGCAGGUUUUGUACAAAGGAAUUCUUCAAUAUAAAGCCCUUAAAACCCGCCAUAUUUAAAACUUCCUAUUAUAUAUUAAUGUCUUCUUUUCUUUUAUUUACGAGUUCAGGUUUUGAUUUUAACAGUAGGGGCAAGUUCUUUGUCCUUUGUACAUAUGUAAAC